CUGAAUAUUACGGAAAUAUUAUGAUACUGCUUGUAUUCUUUUAAUCCAUGAUUUCUAUAUAAUAUCAAGAAUAAAACUCAGUAAUGGACAAACCUGUCGAUUUUCAACAUUAUUAUUUGGAGCUGUCGCCGGAACCGGUGAGAUUCGAUGCCGUGAGCCAGCUGACUAACGUAUUUUUCGAUGAUGCAAAACAGCAGGUGUUUGCCGUCCGUUCCGGUGGAGCUACAGGGAUCGUGGUGAAAAGUGCAAAAGAUGCUCAGAACCUAUCCUUCUGCAUGGAAGAUCGUGGUACAAUUCGGUCGAUAAAAUUCUCUGUUGAUAACCAGGUACUGGCGAUUCAGCGGAACGAGACUUCGGUGGAGUUUAUUCCGUUCAACGCUAAUCAUCAACCGAACGUACAGGAAAUGUUGAUUCAUCAAGGAAAGAAUGUUAUCUACGGUUUCGUAUGGGUGCAAGAGCGUCAGGUGGCUCUAAUCUCCAAUGCUGGAGUGGAAAUAUUUCAGCCUAAUUUUGAAAAACGAGUUCUUAAGUCGAUCAAAUCGUUGAACAUUACCGUUAAUUGGUUCAGUUUUUGUCCUACGUCUAACUUUGCCUUGUUGUCAUCAAAUAUGGGAACAAUUCUCACGCCGCUCAUUUUAAAGCCUUCAACCAUAACAAAACUACCACGGUUAGAGCUGGGAACCGGACAAGGCUGCUCCGGUCGGGAUGUCACUUUGGCACAGUUAUACGGAACAAACGCAAUUUUGAUUCUAAAACAGAAACAGAAUAGACAAUUUGAAAUAAUCAUCUAUUUGCUGAACGGACCGGGGCUAGCUCCGAAGAAGUCUCACAUACUGCGUUUGGGUCAAAACGGUCGUUUCGCAAUGAACAUUGUUGACGAUGUAGUCGUCGUUCAUCAUCAGGCAACGUCCACAUCAAUGCUGUUCGACAUUGCCGUAGGAGGAGCUGAAGUUGAACCCGGUUCCGGUGCUGCCAUUCACCAACCGAUCAUUCCUGCCAAGACAAUCAAACCGUUUGCACUAGAAGUGCCUAGUAUUUCACUGGACGGAAAAACUAUUAACUGUGAUCUUUACUCUCAGCACUGGGUUCUGUUCCAGCCCAACAUUGUAAUUGAUGCUAAACUUGGUUGCAUGUGGUAUGUUCUUCUGAAGCUGAACUCCCUGUGCACUUUAAUUACCGAUCGUUUACGGUUGGUAGAAUUUCUUCUGCAGCGAACCGAUGGAAAAUCGGUUCUCCUCGAUGUACUGAAAGAUAUGACGAGCACUAGCUACAGUGGAACUAUGCUACCGAUUAUUGACAGUGUAUUCAAUAAGCUUAACGCCCUAUACAAAAGUGUUUUGGAUAAUGAACUUCAGAGUCAAAUGGCGUUGAUAAGUCUAUCCAGUAAGGCACAGUCCAACAAAGCAUCGGUGAUACCACGGGUCGUUAUUGAUCAAUCGGAUAUGUACACCGGAGUAUUUGCUAUCAUAACCGAUUCGGAACAGCUCGGAAAGAUCCUGCUGCUCUAUCUACACUCACUGGUACGCCAUGGCAUUUCCCCUAAUCAUGAACUGAGCAAGCAGAUUAUAAUCGAUCUGGUCAAGAACAAGCAAAUCGAUACGCUACAACAGUUGCUCAAGUACGCAGUUCUGAACGAAUCCAAACCACUGGCAUGCUUUCUUCUAUCCCUUUCCAACUCGGAUCCUUCCAUUUCUCAGAUGGCUCUGGAUAUGCUGUCGCGAUUGAAUGCCAGUGAAAUUAUCCUGGAAGUGCUACUAGAGAAAGGUCAGGUCAUUGAAGCGUUGCGGAUCGCUAAACAGUUGCCCGGAGCUGAUUCGCUUCCAGCAAGAAAGUAUUUAGAAGCGGCCAGUAAAACGAAGGAUCCGCUAGUAUUUCACUCGGUGUACAACUUUUUUCAGGCUAAGAACGUGAGAUUACGUGGAUCACCUGAUUUUUUGAAGCAUGAGCAAUGCACCGAGUAUGUACAACAUUACCAGCUGUUGAUCGGCAACGAAUGUUUGUAAAGCGAAACUAUUGUUGAUGCUUAUUUAUCCGCUGUAUAAAAUGUGAUAUCUGA